AUGCUCAAACCCACACAGCCAAUGAUGGCGCGCUUGCGCUUGACCACCAAGCAAGUCAAUGGUGGCUACUACAAGGGAAACCGAACCGGCUCCAUGGGCCACUUCGACAAGCGAGGCACGUACAUACCCGAUGCGAAGAAGCACCGUUACUACGUGCCUGCGGAAAAACUCGAAAUCCCAGGAAGACGUUACACCGCUGAGACUGCCAAGGAACCAUUCAUGCUCCACCCCUUCAUCACGAAACACAUGCGCAAGACACCGUCAAACUAUGUUCAAGAUAUCGAGCGGAAUGGUCGAAAAGUCACCGUGAUCAGAGGAUUCCAGGGGAAGGACUACUUAGAGAAGUGGGCCGAGACCGCUGAAGCCGAGGAUGCCCGCCUAGCAGACUUCAAUCGCAAGAAUGAGGCCGAGGAGGCAAGUUCAAAAGCAUAA